CCUGGUCUCCUAGUACCUAUGCCUCGAACAUGCUACCCAUUCUGACUCUUUUGCCUAAAUGUUAAUAUUUAUCAUUUACAGCCAGCCACUGCCCCCUUCCAAAGGUAAGAACAGUAAACUUUAUGACAGGUGUGCUAUCAGUCCCAGAGGAGAUAAAAGCGGGAGGAGGAGCACUGAGCCAUUCGUCUGGAGGCCACGGACACCAAGCAUCUGACAUGGAGUUGGGGCUGCGGCCGGGUGUUUUCCUUGUGGGGCUUCUGCUGCUGCUGGGACCAGGGAUCACCCAAAUCCACAUCUCUUCUGGACAGAACACACUGGAAGGCCAGCUGUGGCCAGAGACUGUGGAGAAUUUUCCGUUCCUGUGCAACCCAAAGAAGUUAGGACUGACCAUGCCUUCUGAAUCAGUGCACUCUCUGAUGCCCGCUGACAUCAAAUUCAUAGCAGCCAUUGGCAACAUGGAAACACUUCCAGACUCCGGGACAGUCAACCUGGAGGAGAACAAAAGGAUUGAGAAGCCACAGCAAGCGUGCAAGGGCGUGAUGACGGUUCUUGCAGACUUCAUCAGCCACUUCAACCCUUCUGUUCUGAGGCCCAUGUGCCCUACUGGGAAGAGCGCGGCUCCCUACAACGAUGUCGUCACAGACUUACGGAGUCAGGCCGAAGAACUGGUGAGAAGCUUGAAGGAGAACCCGCAACUUGAUUUCCACCGUGACUGGAAACUCGUCAAUGUGUUCUUCAGUAAUGCCAGCCUGUGCUACUUGUGUUCCUCUGCUCACGAGAAUGGGCCCCUGAGGAGUGACAUGGACAAGCUGGCUGGGGUGCUGCACUACCUGCACCAGGAGGUCCCCAGAGCAUUUGUGAACCUGGUGGAUCUCUCUGAGGUUGUAGCCAUGCCCCACUGGCAUCCGGGGACUCGGCUCAGCGGGCCUGCACUGGAGUCCUGUGGUUGCUCGGGGGAGACCUCAAAGCUGUCCACGGUCGUAAGGCAGUGGUUCUAUCAGGAAGCCUGGGACCAGCUCCUGGUCUCCAGCGGCUUCAACAAGCAGGAAUCCUUCGCAGUAGUUUUCCAGCCUCUCUUCUACAAGGUGUCUCUUCCUGGGGAAGGACCCCCGUCCCAGGACCCUAGCACACUUGCCCUGAGCCUCUGGAACAACAUGAUGAAGCCUGUGGGACAUAAAGAUGAGCUAUUCAGCGCCAAAGAGAGGAAGUUGAUGAAGUGUCCAUCUCAGGAGAGCCCCUACCUGUUCACCUACAGGAACAGCAACUACCAGUCCAGAUCGCUAAAACCCCAGAGGCAGCCUGAGGUGAGAGAAGGAACAGAAAUCAGAUGCCCUGACAUGAGCCCUUCCGACUCAAUUCCCACCUCAGUUCACAGGCUAAAGCCAGCUGACAUCAAGGUCAUUGGUGCCAUGGGCGACUCUCUCACGGCAGGCAAUGGCGCUGGUUCCAAGCCUUGGAAUGUCCUGGACAUCUUAACACAGUACCGAGGCCUGUCCUGGAGCAUCGGCGGUGAUCAAAACAUCAGCACGAUGACCACGCUGCCCAACAUCCUGCGGGAGUUCAAUCCUUCCCUGAAGGGCUUCUCCACCGGCAUCGGUACAGAAAAGAGUGCUGGAGCCUUCCUCAACCAGGCUGUGGCAGGAGCCCGUGCUGAGAAUUUAGCUUCCCAGGCCGAGAGGCUGGUGGACCUGAUGAGGACUGAUGCGAGGAUAAAUUUUCAGGAGGAUUGGAAGCUAAUCACUGUGUUCAUAGGAGGCAAUGACCUCUGUGACUUCUGCGAUAACCCGGUCCGCUUUUCCCCCUACAACUUCACAGACAACAUCAGGAAGGCGCUGGACAUCUUCCACGCUGAGGUUCCUCGGGCAUUUGUGAACAUGGUAAAGGUGCUCCAGAUCGUUAACCUGAGGGAGCUAUACCAGUCGAAUAACAUCAGCUGCCCACGGCAGAUCCUCAGGGCCCUGUGUCCCUGUGUCCUGACGGCUGCUGAAAACUCCACAAACCUUAACUCCCUCAUUGACUUCAACAAGAAGUAUCAGGAGGGGACUGACCAACUCAUUAAGAGUGGCCGAUACGACACAAGAGAAGACUUUACAGUGGUUGUGCAGCCGUUAUUUGAAAAAGUGGACAUACCAAAGACCCCGGAGGGCAUUCCUGACAGCUCUUUCUUCGCCCCUGACUGCUUCCACUUCAGCACCAAGACCCACUCCCGUGCAGCUGUUGCCCUCUGGAAAAACAUGCUGGAACCCAUUGGCCAGAAGGCAGCGCACCAUAAUUUUGAAAUCAAGAUUGAUGUCUUUUGUCCAAACCAGGUCUCGCCAUUCCUGAGAACCUACAACAACAGCAUAGAGGACCAUGGGACCUGGCUGGCAUGCGCAGACAGGACCCCUUCUGCCUCAACUCCCACUUCAGUGCAUGCCCUGAGACCUGCAGAUAUCCAUGUUGUGGCUGCUCUGGGGGAUUCUCUGACUGCCGGCAAUGGAAUUGGCUCCAAACCAGGCGACCUCCCCGAUGUCACCACACAGUAUCGGGGACUGUCCUAUAGUUCCGGUGGGGAUGGCUCCCUGGCAAAUGUGACCACCUUACCUAAUAUCCUCCUGGAGUUUAACAGAAACCUCACCGGUUACGCGGUGGGCACUGGUGAUGCCAACGAUGCGAAUGCAUUCCUCAACCAGGCUGUUCCUGGAGCGAAGGCUGAGGAUCUCAUGAAGCAAGUCCAGAGUCUGGUGCAGAAGAUGAAAGAUGACCGGAGAAUAAAUUUCCAGGAAGACUGGAAGGUCAUCACGGUGCUGAUUGGAGCCAGUGAUUUGUGUCACCACUGCACAGAUUCGAAUCUGUAUUCUGCAGACAACUUUUUUAACCAUCUCCGCAAUGCCUUGGACGUCCUGCAUAGAGAGGUGCCCAGAGCCCUGGUCAACCUCGUGGACUUCAUGAAUCCCAGGGUCGUGCGGCAGGUGUUCUUGGGGAACCCAGACAAGUGCCCGGUGCAGCAGGCCAGCGUCUUGUGCAACUGUGUCCUGACCCCAAGGGAGAACUCCUACGAGCUGGCCAAGCUGGAUGCCCUCACCCAAGCCUACCAGAGCAGCAUACGCAAGCUGGUGGAGUCAGGCCGCUAUGACACCCGGGAGGACUUCUCCGUGGUAUUGCAGCCCUUCUUCCUCAACAUCCAGCUCCCUGUCCUGGAGGAUGGGCGUCCCGAUACCUCCUUCUUUGCCCCAGACUGCAUCCACCCAAGCCAGAAAUUCCACUCCCAACUCUCUAGAGCCCUUUGGGUCAAUAUGCUUGAACCACUGGGAAAGAAAACCAAUACCCUGGACCUGGCAGCAGACAUCCGCCUGCCCUGCCCCACCCAGGAGGAGCCCUUCCUGAGAACCCCCCGGAAUAGUAACUACACGUACCCCACCAAGCCAGCCAUUGAGAACUGGGGCAGUGACUUCUUGUGCACAGAAUGGAAUCCUUCCAAUAGCAUACCCACCUCAGUCCACGAGCUCCGACCAGCAGACAUCAAAGUGGUUGCAGCCCUGGGUGACUCGCUGACUACAGCAGUGGGAGCUCGACCGAGCAACUCCAGCGACCUGUACAUAUCCUGGAGGGGGCUCUCCUGGAGCAUUGGAGGAGACGGGGCCUUGGAGACCCACACCACACUGCCCAACAUUCUAAAGAAGUUCAACCCUUCCAUCCUUGGAUUCUCCACCGGUACCUUGGAGAAGACACAGGGAUUCAACGUAGCAGUGGAAGGGGCCAGAGCUCAGGACAUGCCAGCCCAGGCCCGAGACCUGGUAGAGCGAAUGAAAACCAGCACUGAGAUCAACCCGGAGACAGACUGGAAGCUGGUCACUCUCUUCAUUGGCAGCAACGACUUGUGUCAGUACUGCGAGAAUCCGGCAGACCCCUUAACCGAAGAGUAUGUCCAGCACAUCCAGCAGGCCCUGGACAUCUUCUAUGAGAAGCUUCCGCGGGCUUUCAUUAAUGUGGUGGAGGUCAUGGAGCUGGCCAGCCUGCACCAGGGCCAAGGCGGGCAGUGCGCUGUGCUGCUGGCGGCUCAGAGAAACUGCAGUUGCCUCAGACACUUUCCAGACUCUCCGGUGAUGCAAGAGCUGAAGAAAGUGAACUGGAACCUCCAGAGUGGCAUCUCCAGGUUCUCCUACCAGCAGAAGUACAUGCAGCGUGAGGACUUCGCAGUUGUGGUGCAGCCUUUCUUCCAGAACACUCUCAUCCCACUGAAUGAGCUUGGGACCACUGACAUCACCUUCUUCUCUGAAGACUGUCUCCACUUCUCAGAACGCGGUCACGCGGAAAUGGCCAUUGCGCUCUGGAACAACAUGCUAGAACCAGUGGGACAGAAGACGACCUUCAACAACUUCACCCACAGCCGAGCCAAACUCAAGUGCCCGUCCCCUGAGAGCCCUUACCUCUACACCCUUCGGAACAGUCCGUCAUUCCCAGACCAGGCUGCAGAAGCCUCCAGUGGAUUUCCCUGGCCUGUGCCAGUGGCGGCAGUAGGUGGCCUCAUCGUUGGUGUCCUCGUGGUGAGCGUGUGGACAGCCAUCAGGAGAUACCAGGAGAAAGCAGCCCCGGCGAGCCCGCCUGAUUCCAGCUUCUAGGCCCUCGGGAGCAGAUCCCCAGCCACACCCCUGCAGCAGCUCUGGCCACCGCCUUCAACACUUGGUGACAGAGGAAGCCAGAGCGACCAUCAUGACUUCUUUCAGGCCUCUGCUCCUAGAAUUGGCAAAUUUAAUAAAGACAAAGCCAUUACGUUUCAGCUUAGCCUGCUUGCAGCCCUCACCUUCCACCUGCUGAGCACACAGGUGUGGGAGCCCCAGCCUCUCUCUCAGUCCUCUCUUGGGCACAGCUGCCUGCGGAUGCAGCUCAACCCCACGCUAAAUGAACCUCCUCCUCCUCUUCACCAAAGCCCCAGUUUCAAAAGUCAGGAAAAUACCGGUCACCAGGUUGUAGCUAAAGUUUUGGAGCCGGCUGACCGCUAUCCAAUUCUAUCCAACACAUCCCUGUUUGCCAUCCCUGUUUUGUUUUAUACCUAGGACAAUGGGGAGUAUUGUAGAGUCUCCAUGGCUGUGUGUGUCACAGCCUGGCCAAGAUCACAAACGGCAAAAAGAAGAGACUAUGUGACAAUGUGCAAUUAAGUACUGAGGCAUCCACAUAGAUGUUUCUGGCUGCUUUAGAGACCUAGGAAAAAUGUCCCUGAAGAGGGUGAUUUUGACCUGUUAUUUUUUUUGGAGGGGGGGAAUAUGUCACAUGUCCUUGACCUGAUUUUCUCAGGGUGAUAAAUUAGGCAGUAAUUCUUAGUUAUACAUUUGGUUUCUCAGAGAAGCCUAGAGAGUCUAAAAAUACAGGUCGAGCCUGUGUUUUUCUUGAGCUCCUACUAGGACCAAGGCCCUGCCCUGGACACCUCAUGCAGAUUACCUCUCGCUCUGCACAGAAGCCCAGGCAGAAGGAAUGAAAAGUGUUGGCAGUGGACGUGGCGGUGUC